AUGCGUAUUGCUCGCUGUGGUAUCCACGGGUUUCACGAAACGUUGGGCAUUGAUGUCGACGAAUUGAGAUUUUUCUGGUCCAUAGAAUGUGGCCGGCCUGGGUCUCGACAAGUCGCAUACCGCGUGGAAGUGACUACCGACAAGGAGGCCCUCGAAGCAAACGAAUUACAAGUCUCCGAUCAUGUAUGGGAUUCAGGACGAGUUGAAACCGACAAUCAAAGAAACGUCCUGUGCAAGCCUACCAAUGGCUUUCAGUCAACAUGCAGUCACUAUUGGCGAGUAACUGUCUGGGAUGAUGCCGGUCUCGCCUAUUAUAGCGCUGUGAACUUCUUCUUCACUGCGUAUCCCAGGUCUUCUCGUCUGUUGCCUCCUUACAGCAUGAAUCAAACCUACAUGCCUCAUAGCAGUCUCAUUUUCCGGACGUGGUUUGAGGAUGAGUCCAAUCGCUGGAAGGCAGUCUGGAUUGGGAACGGAGGUGAUAGACCUCUUUAUCUAAGGAAGCCCGUUCAGUUAGUGGACCAACCUGUUCGCGCCAUACUUUUCGCAUCUGGCUUGGGUCACUUCAAUAUGACAGUGAAUGGAAAGCCGGCCUCGAAUCAUCGCCUAGAUCCUGGUUGGACAAAUUAUCAUAGGAGAGUCCAAUAUACGGCGUACGAUAUUACCCAAUCUUUGGGUCUUGGAGAGAACGUGCUUGGAGUUCAUCUGGGCAAUGGCUUUUACGCAGGUGAAAAGGGCGGCGAAGGUCGCUUCUUCUGGCCAAUGUAUGAAGACAACACAUAUGUUCGCUACGGGAAUGAACUCUGCUUCUUUGGAGAAUUACACCUGUUCUAUGCCGACGAUCGACAUGAGAUUAUUAUUUCCGAUCCAUCUUGGCAAGUACGUAAUAGUGCUACUACUCUUGCAAAUAUCUAUGCAUCGGAAGACCAUGAUCGGAGACAGUAUCCGUUUGGUUGGGACAUGUCUGGAUUUGAUGCCAGUGGCUGGAUUCCUGCCAAGCCAGUUACUGGACCUAGGGGACACAUAUAUUACCAGACACAGCCUCCAGUUGUCUUACAUGAGACAUUUGAGCCGGUCAAAACUCAUAGCCCGAAGCCUGGCAUUGUAUGCUACGACUUGGGACAGAAUUCGUCGAUCAUGGUCAAAAUCACGCUUCAAGGUACCGCUGGUUCAGAGGUGAUCGUCCGAUAUGCCGAGUCUGUUAAGGAAGAUGGCACAGUUCUGAUGCCCGAUCCGCUAUUCAAAGAGUUUGAAACUGGUGUAUAUUCACGUAUUCAUCUCGCUGGUGGUGAAAUCGAGGUAUGGGAGCCAGACUUCUCCUUCACAAGCGCCCGGUAUAUUCAAAUUGAAGGCGUUUCAACACCUGAAUCUACCCAAGGAGAAUUACCCGUGGUUCAUUCUGUCGUGGGAAGACACAUCUCGUCAGCAGCUCGAAGACUGGGCACAAUGCGGACCGACAAGGAAGACGUCAACUCUCUACUGAAUGCCCUCUAUUGGACGUUCCAAAGUAACUUGUUCAGUUACCACACCGACUGCCCACAGAUUGAGAAGUUCGGCUGGCUAGAAGUGACUCACUUGUUGGCUCCUGCAACACAGUAUAUUCGUGACAUGGAGUCGCUUUACUCUAAAAUACUUGAUGAUAUACUAGAUGCACAGGAGCCCAAUGGUUUGGUGCCCACAAUGGCCCCUGAGAUGCGAUACAUGUGUGGUCCACUGCACGACACAAUCACCUGGGGCGGCGCCAUCUGCUUGCUUCCAGAUAUCCUCCUUCGCUACUACGAUUCCACCCAUGUCAUUCCAAAGGUGUACCCGGCUGCUGUCAGAUAUAUGGAAUACAUGAGAUCGAAAGAGCGCAAAGGAGGGUUGAUUGAGCAUGGUCUUGGUGACUGGGGAAGAGAUAUCGCAUUCGGCAAUCAUCAGGCAAAUAUCGAAACCGCCAUCUAUUACCGCUGUCUUCAAUGUGUGGCUGUUAUGGCUACUGAGCUAGGUAAAGUCGACGAGGCGUCGUAUUUCACAGAGUGGGCGGAUCGCAUUGCAAAAGUUUACAACAAACAUCUUCUGGUUACGGAUGAUCCUUCGCGUCCAUACGCAUACUAUACAUCGUUGGACAAUUAUCCACAGCGCGAUGCCACAGCUGUGAACCAGGCAUUAGCUCUCCAGCAUGGACUCGUACCCGAACAACAUCGAGACGAUGUAAUGCGCGCCUUUUUAGAUGAUACCAAAGAUGGCCGUAUUCGCGCUGGUGAGAUUGGAUUACCGUAUCUCUUCAACACCCUCGGAGACGCCAAACGGUCUGAUAUUGUUCUGCAAAUGGCCCGACAGGAGGAACAUCCCUCGUACAUGCGUUUCCUGCGUAGAGGCGAAACUACUCUAUCGGAGUUUUGGCAGGACGCCUGUCGCAGUAAAUGUCAUGACAUGUUGGGAACUAUUUAUGAAUGGUUUUAUGCAUCCGUCCUGGGCUUGAAACCUGUCGGCAAUGCUUACCGCACUUUUGUCGUGGAGCCUGCUUAUGAGUCUGAGUUUGACUAUAUUGAGGGCGAGGUUGAUAGUCCUUAUGGACUGAUUACGGUCAAAUUGAAUCGGAAUGUCGAGAAAAAUGGCGAUAGUAAUGGUACCACCACUUUGUGGGUCACCAUCCCGUUUGGUACAACGGCCACUAUCAAACUCCCCCCUCUGAGCGCGGAUGAGAUCGCAGAUAGGAUGGUGUUUGUUGGUGACGAGAAAGAUGGCGAAAGAGUCGCCGGAGAAACGAUUCAGCUUUCUCAUGGUCUACAUACCGUUGUCAUUUCAAGUAUAUGUAGAUAA